AUGCCGGACCUGACCAGCCCGCCCAUCCACCAUCGAAGCACGGAGGCCCCGUCUGGGCGGGCCGCCUCGCGCGACGCGGGCUUGCUCGGGCGGCGCUCCAGCAGGAGCCGGAGGGGGCUGGCGAGCGACCUGGUGGCCGCGGUGUCGAAGAGCCUCGCGCAGCGGCUCUCCGAUCACGCGCCAGUCCUGGACGGCCGCCGUGCUCGGGACAUGGCAGCGUUCGUUCACACCGGCGCGACUGGCGGCGACUCCUUGUUGGGCCUGUCAGAGUGUUUCCGGGGUGCGCUCGAGGCGAUGGAGCUGAGCGACACGAGCAAAGGCAUGGUCCUCGCUGGCGCCUACCACUGCCUUCAGGCAGACGACGUCCAGCUCACCCCCCAAACGUGGCGGCCGCUCGUCGUGACCUCGCUGCUCGUCGCGGUCAGCGAAUUGUGCGGGCGCGCGGAGCGCGAGCAGGCGAUUCGCAAGCUCAGGCGCUCCACGGCCCAGUGGUGGUCUCAAGACAAGGCCGACCUGGCAGUCGAGGUCUUCAAGAUGCGCGAUGCCUACGUGCGGGAUCCGCUCAGCCAUCAGAACGUAGUGGCGCUGUACCUCAAGCUGCAGGCUCGCUCUUCGGAGACCGCUUCACUCGGUGAGGAUAGUAGCUCGUGGUCGACCGCCGUCGAGCUUAAACGGGCGUCCAAGAGGAACGCGCAUGUCAGGGCCUCGACGCGGCGGUCAAGCCGCAACGGCACCCGUCACGCCUACAACAUCGAGCGCAGCAAUGCCAUCCUGGCACUCUCCGAGUCGAGGUGUCGAAUCACCGUCAACAACGUCGACACAUCCGACCUCUCCGUCAUCUCCAUCUGUCGCAUAGAUAACGGACAAGCGCUGGCCACGCAGAAGCACAGCAGUCGCGUGGCAUUCUACAUCAGCCGGCCGGCAGAGGCAAGUGACGGAACGGGCAUUGCCGAACUCAUGCGCAGCUCGCGCAAGCUGGCGCUAC